GAAUUGCAAUUUCGUGAACAACAAGCUGAGCUUGAACGAGAAUUACAGCAACAACGAUCAACUCAGCAAUUACUUGAACAGUCCUAUUACCAUAACUCCAAUUCUAAAAACGUCGAAAUCGAUUUUUAUCGUCAACAACCCCAACUGAUAACAAACUUGAACAAUUUGAAUUAUCAGACGAGCAGUAACUGCAACUACAACACCAUUAAUCAAUCUAGUGCUAAAGACAUUUUAUAUGAAUUGAAACAAUACGAACAUUUUGCCAACAACUCUAAUAACUUCAAUUUUAAUAAUUACAACAUUGCUGAUCGACAACCGAGCAGUUAUAAUGGAACGAAUUAUAGUCAGAACAUCUUAAACUAUAACAAUUCAUAUUACAGAAUUAAUAACAUCAAUAAUUAUAAUUACGUUAAAAAUCACUCAUCUUCGCCGUCGUUGCAACGUGAACAAGACGCAUUUUAUAACAAUAAUAACAACAACAACAACAGAUACCAAGAUAAAUAUUUACUUAACGAAAAAAUGGAUCGUGAAGAGUCAGCCGUCGAGAGUGGGCACUUAGUCAACACUGGUCGCAAUGUAACCAUUCAUAACUUCAACAGUAAUAAUGUCACGAGUCAUACUACCAUUCCUGCAUCAUACAAUAAUAUUGACGAUGAUGAUGAACAGCACAACGCAAAUCCGCAAAUUCAUCGCUCACAGCAUUUUACACAGAUUAUUGCCGCCUUGGCUGUAUCAUUAGGUCCGCUUGCGGCUGGCUUAGGGAAAGGUUAUUCAAGUCCAGCAAUUGCAAGUCUGCAAGAACUUCACAUACGCAAUCAACACACAAACUACACGAGCUUUUCGGUGACAGAUCAAGAGGCGAGUUGGGUUGCAAGUCUUUCACUUCUCGGUGCUCUCUUCGGUGGAAUGUUUGGAGGUUUAGCCAUGCAAUAUGGUCGUAAACGCGUCCUAGCUUUAAUGUCUUUGCCAUUCUCAUUAUCGUGGAUUUUAACUGUGUUCGCCAAGUCAGUCGAGACAAUGUUCAUGACAGCUUUCAUUGGUGGCUUCUGUUGUGCUAUUGUCUCAAUGGUUACUCAGGUCUACAUAAGUGAAAUAUCAUCGCCUGAUAUACGCGGCUUCUUAAGUGCCAUUCAAAAGGUUUCGGGUCAUCUAGGUGUGCUUAUAUCUUAUCUACUGGGAGCCUAUUUGGAUUGGAGACAACUCGCUAUGCUCGUUUCGGUGGCACCGAUGAUGCUUUUUGUGACUGUGAUUUAUAUUCCCGAAACACCGAGCUUUUUAGUAUUAAAAGGACGUGAUGAAGAUGCAUAUCGAUCCCUACAAUGGCUCCGUGGCUCGAACAAAAACGUUGAACUCGAACUGGAUACAAUUCGCUCUAACAUACGAACAUCGAGAUUCAAUAUGGACAAUAAUAUGAAUAGCAAUUUAUCAUCUAUAAGCCACAAUGGGCUUCCAAUGAAAUUCUCGUCGUUUAAAUCGAUUGUGACGAACGUCAAGUCGGUACUGAAGAAUGCACGUCUCGUGAAGCCGGUUCUGAUAACGUGCGGCUUGAUGAUAUUUCAGCGGUUUACUGGCGCUAAUUCUUUUGGCUUUUAUGCUGUCAAAAUAUUCCGUCAAACAUUUUCCGGCAUGAAUCCACAUGGCGGUGCCAUUGCUGUAGGUUUCGUACAAUUGUUAGCAUCGAUGCUUUCCGGCUUGUUAAUUGAUACAAUUGGUCGUAUUCCACUUCUCAUCGUCUCCAGUGUUUUUAUGUCGCUUGCGCUUGCCAGCUUUGGAUCUUAUGUGCAUUAUGAUGAGAACAAUGGUACAAGUGGAAAUAGCGAUUGGAUUCCACUUUUGUGUGUGUUAAUCUUCACAAUUGCAUUCUCAUUAGGAAUUUCACCAAUAUCUUGGCUAUUGAUUGGCGAACUAUUUCCAUUGGAAUAUCGUGGCAUUGGCAGUUCAAUUGCAACAUCUUUCUCCUACUUCUGUGCAUUUUUGGCAGUGAAAACUUUUGUGGAUUUUCAACAAUUGCUAGGGCUAGAUGGAGCGUUUUGGCUGUUCGCUUGUAUAUCAUGUGUUGGCCUUUGCUUUGUCAUAAUGGUUGUGCCAGAAACAAAAGGCAAGGACUUGGAAGAAAUGGACCCAAAGUACAUGAGAACGAUUGUCAUAAAUCGAUGAGAUAUGGUUACACACGUAGAAUAUUUAGUAUAGUAUCUAGUGACUUCAAAGCUUUUCAUCUGUCAAUUUUUAAUUCUAUUUUCAAGCUCAUUGAUUGAGCUUUAAAAGAAAUUUUAACUCAUAAACGUGAUAUCAAUUUAAAGUUUUAAAAGAUCUUUUGAAGAUAAAUCUCUCUUCAUUUGAUGCUUAGAUUUUAAGUUCAAUGAAAUGUGCGCAUUAUUUAACAUUGAAUAAGUCAGAGACGAAUUAAAAAUUGCGUUGACGCUUCAAACACAAAUAAAAACCUCCAAAUGGCAUGCGAUGUACAUAGCGAUGAUUUUUAUUUUUGUUACAAAUUUAAUUAAAAAUCAAUUUAAACGAAUGAAAGCCCAUUAAAGUUGAAGGAAAUUAUCGUAGGAUGUUUUGAAAUUCAAAUCGAGAAAGUAGAUUUAAUGUAAUAAAAGAUUGAAAAAUAUAAAAUCAGAAACGCUUAUGUACAACUUCAAUUAUUUUUAUGCCUGAGAAAUAAAAGAAUAAUCAAUGUGGGAAAAAAAGUAUUUUGAAAUGAAAAAAAAUAAAAAACUAUUAGAU